AUGCUGGUGGAAUGCAUCGAUGGCGUGUCCGUGCGUGUCGCGCUGGUGUAUUGGUCGACGUCGUUUGCUGUACUCCUGCUGCGCCUCUUCUGCGCUGAGUUCGCUGACCUCUCGUCGUACGGCGGUCAUAGCGCAGCUGACGCCGCCAACCCAGGUGUCUGCAAGGCCGAACGCGAUCGAGAAGGAGAGUACUCCGCGGCUGUGGCGGCGACUACCCUCACGCGUUGGUGCGCGACACCGGUUCACUGGCUGGCAUCUUCGUUCUUGGGCAGGUGGCGCGUCACUCGCAAACAGUCGUUCACCGCCUUCUACGUCACUGGCCUCGCCACAAGUACAGCCGUUUUCGGGAUUCGUUGGAUCGCCAACCGCAGCGGUGCUUCCCCCGACCACCCCUCUCUGGUUGCCCUGUCGUCGCCGGCGCCGGCUCACCCCCUCUUCUGUGUGACACUUGUGCUCUUCACUCUUCACUGUGCGGUGCGCCUUACCGAGACGCGUCUUGUGCAGCGCUUCCGCGAGCAUGACACCGUGACCCUCUUUGCUGCUGUGGCGGGCAGCACGUUCUACAUUAUGGCAGCCAUUUCCAGCGCCGCACCGAGCCACACAAGCGUCCCGCGUGCGUCUCGGUCGCUACACCGGUUAGUGGUGAUGCGGUGCAUCUUCGCCGCCGGCACCAUGGCGCACCUGUCUCUGCAGGCCAUUCAGGUCACGGCGCACACGAUACUGGCGCGGCGGCGACAGAGCCCCUCGCGCACCGUCUCACCCACAAAGGAGACGCCCAUGCGUGACUGGGAGGAAGGUUUAUGGAGACGGGUGCAGGUGCACCUGGCAACCUUUCGCGCCGCCCAAGGCGAAUCCCCACACGCGCUGUCCACGCCACCGGAGCUGUACGGGGCGUGGCGCCGAUACCGUUAUCCGUACUUCUCGAAUGUGUGCUUUCGGGUGGUACUCGAUCCGCACUACACCUGUGAAGUGGCCAUGUAUGCCGUGAACACGCUUCUCCUGCUUCUCUGCGUACUCCCCGAUGCAACACAGCCCGCCACCGACAUCGCCGCUGGGGCAGCACGAGGCAUGGUGAGCUGCUUUGCGAGCGGCGAGCCACAGUGGUGCAGCAUUGCGUGUGCCAGUGUACCGUGGUUGUCGGUGCUGGCCAGUGUUGGCGUCACCGUGUUCACCGCCGCCAACCUCGGCAUCACCUCUGCAGAGCACCGACGUUUUUGGAUGGCAGCAAAUGCCACACGUCGUCUCGUUGGCAGUGCGCUGCGAACAAUACUGGAUGAGGAACAGGCAAAACCGCCUGGCAACGGCGGCGGCCGACUUCCAGCAGAGAUCGUCGAUGCAGCGAGGUAUAUGCUACGGGAGACAGUCGUUGAGGAAGUGGUGCCGAGGUGGAACGUGUUCCCACUUGUGUGGUAA